GGGGUGACCCCGCAAGAUAAGAGCCAACAUAUCAGUAUAAGUUCCUCCACAGCUUUGUGCGGGUUGCUUGGUGAUUAUAUCUCCAGAUCAUUGCAUUUUUUAGCUCGCAGGUAAUCGUCGACUUUGACAUUCCACCCAGCAGUUUCUCGGCUUUCCCUUGGACAUCUACAAUGGCCACCGUCGGACAAAUGGCAGCCCUAGAUCCUACGAUAGCACAGAACCUGCCGCCUCAAUGCGGCAGACUCUUCGAGGCAAAGUCCGCCAAACGGCUUAGUUUCGAGCAGAUAGCCAAACAUCUCGAGCGAAGCGAGGUGGCGUGUGCUGCAUUGUUCUAUGGCCAAGCCCAAGCCUCGCCGGUAGAUGUCAGCCGUCUUUCUCAGCUUCUCGAAGUGCCUGAAAGUGCGUUGGGCUCGAUGAUGGCGAUUCCUGACCGGGGUCGAGCUGGCCCGAUGCCACCGGUGGAGCCCCUGAUAUACAGACUUUACGAGAUUGUCCAGAACUACGGGUAUGCCUAUAAAGCCAUUCUAAACGAGAAGUUUGGUGAUGGAAUUAUGAGUGCCAUCUGCUUCUCCACGAAAGUGGACAAGGAGGUGGAUGAGACAGGUGCCUCGUGGGUCGUGAUCACUCUCAGGGGAAAAUGGCUCCCUUUCGCCCGUUUCUAAAAUGAUUUUCUUUGUGAUCGGAAAAAGACAUUCAUUCGUGUGGCGUGUAAUGGGGGGGGGGCUAUAACAAAUUGUCACAGGCAACAAUAUUAAGGGGCGCAUUACACAAUACUAAGCAAUCCG